AUGAAUCCCCCUUUCACUGACACGACAGCGAACUCUAUUGCCAAAACGAAGGAGCUCUUGAACAGCCUUCGCCUUGGCGCGCUCAUCAACGGGGAAUGGCUCUGCCAUCCGGAUGCCCACUCCUACACGUUGCCUUCCUCCUUAGCUUCUCUGCUUCCGUCGGCGGGUUCGUCUACCGGUCCUGACAGCGACGAUCAGUCCGCAGACGCGUCGGAGUCGUUCGCCGUGACGGACCCAGCCACCGGGGAAGAAAUUUACAGGCUUCCGACGUUGGGCAGCGCGUACAUCCGGGCAGCCAUCGCGGCAGCUCAGAAGACGCAGAAGGAGUGGGGUUGCGAAAAGACAGCGCCCGUUCUGCGGCGCCACCAUGUGCUCUUGGAAUGGGAGCGGCUGGUCAAAGAAGAGCGGGAGAAUAUUGCCCACGUCAUGACUCUCGAGAGCGGCAAGCCCUUGCCGGAGGCACGCAACGAGGUGAUGUAUGCAGCAUCUUUUAUUCGCUGGUUUGCGGAGGAAAUUCGCCGUGAGAACGGCAUCCUUAUUCCCUCUCCCGCUGGAGACAAAACCAUGGCCGCUUUCCGCCAGCCCGUAGGUGUCUGUGCAUUGAUCACGCCGUGGAACUUCCCCGCUGCGAUGCUGACGCGCAAGGCGGCAGCGGCAUUGGCCGCGGGGUGCUGUUGCGUGUGUAAAGUGCCGCACGACGCUCCUUUGAGCGCGCUGUAUCUGGCGAAACUCGCAGAAAAAGCGGGCCUGCCGAAGGGUGCUCUGAACGUGCUGACAACAAGCAGCGCGGGGUCGCGGCGGUUUGGCGACGAAGUCUGCCGCAGCGAAGUCGUGCGGAAGAUCUCGUUCACAGGCAGCACUGCAGUGGGCAAGCAGCUCAUGCGGCAGGCGACAGACAACGUGAAGAAAGUGUCUAUGGAGCUCGGCGGGAACGCGCCCUUCAUCGUCUUUGAAGACGCACACGUCGACGAAGCCGUUCAGGCCAUCGUCGCGUGCAAGUUCCGCGGAGCCGGCCAAACAUGUGUAUGCGCCAACCGGGUGUACGUGCACCGCGACGUGUGGGACCAAGUGGUGCCUGCCGUCGUGAAACUUGUCAAGGAACAAAUUGUGGGCCACGGUCUGACCCACGGCGUGUCGAUCGGGCCCGUGAUCAACGAGAAAGCAGUGGAAAGCAUUCAGUCGCUCGUGGACGAUGCCGUCCAGCGCGGCGCGACGGUGCUCCUGGACGGCGGCGCGAACGCAAAGCUGAACCGGCUUCCCGAGCAGCUGAGCCGCGGCACGUUCUUCCACCCUGUCGUCCUCGACUGCCGCGCCUUUGACGGACAGGAAGAGCAAGGGAUGCUUGAGGAGGACGCAGAGAAGAGCUACGCGGGUGAAGCGAAAGUCGCCCGCAUCCUCCAAGCGGAAAUUUUCGGUCCAGUCCUGCCCCUGUACUCGUUCUCCGACGAAGACGAAGUCAUCCAGAGAGCGAACGCCACACGCGCGGGUCUCGUCGCCUACAUUUGCACAAGAGACAUGUAUCGCGUGCGGCGCGUUUCCGCCGCGCUAGAGGCUGGCAUGGUAGGCGUGAAUACCGGGCUGAUUUCCGCCGCGGAGGCGCCCUUCGGCGGAGUCAAAGAGUCCGGGGUCGGACGAGAAGGCUCUGUCUACGGGCUGGACGAAUAUACGCAGAUCAAGUAUGUGUGCAUCGGCGGCGGGCAUCAGUAG